AUGUCGUUGAUUAACGUGCUUCGCCAUGACAUCAAACCCACGUCUACCGUUACCCCCCGCACUUUAGCCGGUUCAAGUACUACGCCGGCUCAAGUGGAAUCUCCCGUGGAGAAUCUCACCGCAGACGAUGAUCUGAGCCCAAGGCAGGGCCAGAUGGUCUUUGAGCAGACACUGCCUAGUCGAACGACCGAGUCCCGUCGUGUUGCCAUUACUGUGCUACUCGUUUUGGCCAAUCUUGUCCAGAUGACCGUCAAUUUUGCCGGUAUCGCGGGCGGCAGUGCAUUGAUUGAAGCAUUGGACGCCAAAGAAACCUAUGCUUCGUGGAUUGCUGCUAGCUAUGCUUUGACACAAGGUACCUUCGUGUUGGUCAGUGGUCGACUAGGUGAUGUCUACGGCCACCGAGAGCUUCUCCUGAUCGGCGGUGGCUGGCUCACCGUCUGCACUCUCGCCAGCGCUUUCUGCAAUAACUUCUUUGCCUUUGUUACCAUGCGCGCAUUGGGAGGGCUUGGGGGAGCUUUCAUCAUGCCGAAUGCUGUGGCAAUGAUCUCAAGCACCAAUCCCCCCGGUCGGGUGCGAAAUCUUAGUCUCGGUAUGUUCGGAGCGUCCGCGCCUAUGGGUGGGUAUUUUGGCGCCUUGUUCCUAGGUGCGUUCUUGCAGCGGACGGAGUGGAAGUGGUUCUUUAUCUUCAUUGCCUGCCUUGGGGUCACGGUUUUCGUUCCUCUGUGGGCUCUGAGCCCGCGCGAACCACCGGUCGACCGACAUGGGAAGAUCGACUGCAUUGGUUCGGCUCUGGGGACCAGCUCGCUCAUUCUCUUCAACUUUGUCUGGAAUCAAGCACCGAGUGUGGGAUGGUCAACGUCCUAUGAAAUCGUUCUUCUUGUCAGCUCAGUUGUCUUGUUUGCUGGCUUUCUGCUAUGGGAAAGGAACUAUGCAGCAGAGCCAAUCAUGCCCCUGGAUAUUUUCAAAGCUCCAUCAUUCCUCACACUGCUCUUGGUAGUCUUGCUGAACUACAUGGCCGUGGGCACCGUGAUCUGGUACCAGGUUCUGUGGCUGCAGAAGGUCUGGCACUGGUCACCGUUGCAAUUCGCCGUUGGCUGGACCCCCUUCGUGAUUUGCGCCACGGGGGCUGCCUGCUUGGCUGCCUGGAUGAUUCCACGACUGGCCGCACAAUGGAUUCUAGCCAUCGGGACAGUCACGAUCCUAGUCUCGAGCGUGCUCAUGGCAACGGUGCCCCUCCAGCAGACUUACUGGGCACAAAUCUUCCCGUCCAUUGUCCUCUUUUCGUUCUGUCCGGACUUUGUGUACACGGCUGGACAGAUCAUUGCUAGUAAUUCAGUGCGUCGAAACCAGCAGGGCAUCGCUGGGUCGGUCAUCGGCACCCUGAAUCUCUACGGGUGCAGUCUCGGAUUGGGAUUUGCUUCCACGAUUGAGGAGCAAAUUGCUCGGCGGUCUGGCGAGAUUAUGGGAUACCGGGCAGCACUCUACUUCGCCGUGGCUAUCAGUGUAAUAGCGCUGAUCCUUGACGUAUGCUUUGUAAGACUGGUCAAAGAUGAAAGGGAGGGGUGGCAUGAGGACGAAACCACUGGAUUGGAGCUUGACCAAGCAGCAGCGACUGGUGUUCACUUGCGCAACGCCAACGCAGAGUCAAACGUCAUUUAG